AAUUGAGUAUUUUAAAGUGUUUUGGUAUUUCUUUAAAAUUUCCUGUUAUUCAACUAAUGAUUUAUAUUUUUUUCUUCAAAUCCUGUGUUAUUGAAUAUGACAUUUAUCUAAAGUAGCUUAAAUCACUUGUAAUCCACUGUUAUUCAAUUAACAAUUUACCAAAAGUAAAUCAAAUCUACUGUUAUUCAAUGAUAAACAAUUUUAAAAGAAAAACUUUAUGAAAUGGAUUUGAAACUAUUUUUUUUGUUAUUUUCAGUCAAAACUAUCGUUACACAAAUCCCACCAUUGUACCUGUUAUUUGGAAAUACCCAAAAUCAAAUAAAAAAUUGACCACGCCUAUGAGAACAGAGAGAGAACAAGGAAGCGAGAGAUCAGAGACGAAGCUUUCCAGAAAAGUACUGAACUUUCGAUUCCCUCUUGUUCAUGAAUCAAUACCCAAGUGGACAAUUUUGGAAGCCAAAGAUUCGAUUUUGGAGUCUCUCAAACCUGAAGGGAGCCCUUUGAUUGUUAGAUUUGAUUUCGUCUCGAGCUUUUCGUUGGAUCCGAGAAAAAGUUUUUGUGCUCUGAAGAAUCUGAGGUUGAGCUAAGGCACACGUCGAUUGAUUUGUUCCUUUGGUGUUCUAUCAAAAGGUAUGUUGUCAAAAUCUUCUCUGUUUUGGUUCUGUUUUUAAAAUCCCAUGUUAUACACAAGACAGAGAAGAUUUUGACAACAAACCUUUUGAUCCUGAAGAGUAUAAGCAAGUCUAGUAAAGUUUAUUUGUUCUUUUCAUGUUCUACUCUAUGGUCAACUAAUGUUUGUGAGGUUGAAAACUAUGUUAGGUUUUUGAUCGUGACUCUCUUUGCUUCUCUAUUUUUUCUACAGCUUUGGUUCACCCAAAUAAUCUUUGCUUCAACUCUCCAAACUCAAAAGCUUGAGGAAGUAUUCUUCUACGAGACUGCUUGCCAAGUAUGAAAGCUAAGGUAGUAGAUUAGAGCUUUGGUUCUGUCCUUCCAAGUAUGCAAGCUAAGGUACUGCUUGACAAGUAUGCAAGCCAAGGCACGCAAUGCUGAUUUUCUAAUUUUUGUUGUGGAUAAAUAUGCUUCUUGUUGAUAUCUUUAUGGGCUGCUCCUUAGAAAAUUGAAUAAUAAGAUGGGUUUUUUUCGUUUAGUUGUUUAAUUAGGGUUUAGGUAGGUAUGCACAUAUAUAUAAAAUCAGUAACAUGGAGAAGAGCUUACAAAACUGAUAGGAUACGAGCAUCAAUCAUCUCUUUUAUUUGUCAAAUUACCUUCCAAACAAUGGGAGAUCCAAAAGACGUAAAAGGUAAAGGUCAAUACCACUCAUGGUCUGGACCUGAGCACAAGUUGUUAUUGAGGUUACUAGUGGAUGCAAUCAAUCAAGGUUUUCGUGAUGCCAGCGGCAAAUUCAACAAACUGACGGUCGAAUCCAGAAUACUAACAACUCUACAACAAGAAGUUGGAUCUAAAAAAACCUACGGUCAGUAUAAAAAUAGGAUGAAAAUCUUGAAGGGUAGGUACCAAGUGUUUGCAGAUUUUCUUCGUUGUAGUUCUGGUUUUGGGUGGGACUCUGAAACGAAAAAAAUCACAGCAGAUGAUGAAGUAUGGAAGGUCUAUCUGCAGGCUCAUCCAAAUAAUAAAUAUUUGCGUGAUGAUUCGUUUGAAGAUUUUGAAGAGCUAAGGACUAUAUUUGAACAGAAUACUGCAACUGGGCAGAAUGCUGUGGGACUAGGUGAUUCUGUUGAUGCAGGAUCCUAUCAAUUUGAAGAGAACGAGAAGACAAAUGAUAAUGAUUUUGUCCACGUGAUAGAUGAGGGAGGAGGAAUAGAACACCAGCAAACAUGUGAACCUUCAUCAAGAAAAAGCAUUGGAGAAAAGCUUUCACAUAGAAAGAAAGCUAGGACGGAUGCAUAUAACUCGGAAAGGGUUUGUGAGGAAGUUACAGAAAUCAGUAGCCAAAUUUUUGACAUGAUUCAGAAAAGAUGGGUGAAGGAAGCUGAAGAAAAAGAAGCUGAAGACAAAGCUAACAAUGUUUGGGAUGCUAUCAAGGAAAUUCCUGACUUGGAUGAUGAUUUGCGUUAUGAGGCGAUGACCCUUGUUCACACCUUAGGCAUGAAAUCUGGUUUCGUGAAUAUGUCCAUAACAGAUCGUUGUGGAUGGAUUAAAAGAAAUCUCCGUAAACCAAGUGGCUGAAGUAACAUGAUCGGAGUUCUAAAGAUAGUUCGUCAUCUUGGAGUUUUUAUUUCUUUAAAGUUGAGUUUUUAUUAUUACUUUAGCUAUGAUUUUGUUUCUUCUUUGCAGAAUUGUUAUGAUUUUUGUUCUUUAUAUGUUAUGGUUUUUGUUUUUUUUACUACAAUGGUCUAAUUUUAUUUAUUUAUAUACGGCACUAUCUUCUUGUUUUCUCCUACAAUGGUAUAAUUAUAUUUUACAUAGGAAAGUAGUAUAUUCUGUUCAAAGUAAACAUUGAUUUUGGCGGCUAAAUUUGGCGGCUAAUUCGUUAGGAUACGAUUCCUUAAUGAUUUGUGUAACCUUAUUUAUUUGUCCUCUUCUUCUCUAGCUAAAGUUCAUCACCGCCGCUUUAUAUUACGUGAGUAUCUAGCAUUAUUUCACACUUUGUUCACCAAUUAGACAGUUUCUUAUGACUUGUUAUUUAUGUUUUUGUGCAGAGAUUUCAAUGGCUCAUAUUGUUAAUGCAAAUGAAGAGAUACAAGUUAGGAAAGAGAGAAAAAAGAUGUCAAAUUUCAAGAUAGACGUUGAUAUUCUCUUACUGGUCUUUUCUAUCAUUGUGAAGGUACGUAAUGUCGCUUCACGUAUUCCACAAAUACAACGUGCAAUUAGAAGAUCAACUACAACACUUGGACAUGAAUACAUACAAAAUGCUUUGGUUGAAGAUCCUAAACAUUUUCGACAUCUAUAUCGUAUGUAUCCGGAUGUGUUUUUGAAGUUAUGCUCUAUUAUAAGAGUAAAGAUGGGAUUAAAAGAUACAAGAUAUGUUUCAGUUGAAGAAAUGCUAGCCACCUUUUUGUUCAUUGUUGGUCAAAACUCAAGGUAUAUUCAGGCUCAAGAUAGAUUCAAGAGGUCAAGAUUCUCAAUAAGUACGAGUUUUCAUACAAUUCUGAAAGUGUUAAACGCACUUGCUCCAAGUUACAUGGCCAAGCCUGAAACAACAGUGCCUCCAAAGAUAAGAGAUAGCACACGAUUCUAUCCUUAUUUUAAGGUACAUGUAGUUCUUCUCUUAUGCAUUUUUUAAAUACCGCAAAAAAAUUUACAUGUUUCUAUAUUUUAUUAGGAUUGUGUAGGAGCUAUUGAUGGAACGCAUAUUCUUGCGAUGAUAAGUGGAAAGGAUUCAUCUAGCUACCGCAAUCGAAAAGGACAACUAUCACAAAAUGUUUUAGCUGCAUGCAAUUUUGAUUUAGAAUUUAUAUAUGUUCUUAGUGGAUGGGAAGGUUCAGCUCAUGAUGCUAAAGUAUUACAAGAUGCUUUAACAAGAAAUUCUAACUAGAUUACAAGUUCCAGAAGGUAUGUCUGGUUCUUAUGAUUAAAAUAUUGAUGUAUUAUUUUUGUAUUUUCUUAAAAUUAUUUGUAUAUGUUAUAUGAUUUCAGGAAAAUUGUAUUUAGUCGACUGUGGAUACGCCAAUCGUCGUAAUUUUCUGGCUCCAUUUCGAAGUAUUCGCUAUCAUCUUCAAGAUUUUAGGGGACAAGGCAAAGAUCCUGUGAAUCAAAAUGAGUUGUUCAAUCAUCGUCAUUCAUCCUUGCGAAAUGUGAUUGAGAGAAUUUUUGGCAUCUUUAAGUCAAGAUUCAUCAUCUUCAAAUCUGCUCCACCAUUUCCAUAUAAAACACAAGCAGAGUUAGUUCUUGCAUGUGUUGUUUUACAUAAUUAUCUUCUUUAAGAAUGUCGUUCAGACGUGUUUCCUGAAGAAGUUGUUGUCGCUGAUGAUAAUGAAAGUGAUGUUCAAGAAAUAGGUGAAGAUGAGAACAUGGAUGAUGAUGUUCAAAAUGGCACUCAAGAACAACAAAGAGUGAAUGCUAAUAAUUGGAGAGCAAAUAUAGCAGCAACCAUGUGGACAGAUGCUAUGCAUAUGGGAUCUUGAUGCAGCAACAGUUUACGUUGUUUUUAGAUGUUAUCUCUGCUACUAUGUUUUUAAAUUUAUCUUUCAUGUUAUGGUUUAUGAAUUUGUUUUUUGAUAAACAAUUUUGAUCUAUUAUAUUGGCUUUUAGUAAGUUCUGGAGCUUUCUUGAAUAUUGUCAAGAGACUGCUGUUCAAACUUGUUGCAGAGAUUGAAUUGGAAGAAGUACAAGACGAAUUGAUUAUGUAAUAUGCCAUUGGAUUUUCUUGCUUUUGGGAUCUCGAUGAGUCAACCUCAGGAAGUUGGAUAUGGAAGAGUAUCUGCAUACUUUGAUCUAUAGCUCUCUCUCUCUCUCUCAUUCUCACAAACGAAGGAAGAAGACAAAAUAUUGAAAUUUCACGUUUUUACUCUGUUGGAAAAAAUAGUGAUUACUUCAUGUUUUAAAAUAAUUGGACUUUGAAAAGUACUCUGAAAUUUAAGUUCAAAUGAUCUCAAGUACUCUGAAAUUUUAAAAAAAUCCUAUCCAAAUCUAUUUUCCUUUUUUUAAAUCCCACCCAUCGUUUUGGGAUUUAACCCAAAUCUCUUCAAACUCCAAUAUUUUUUCAAAUCCACCCAAACUUUUAAAAUCCACAUUUCAAUACAUCCCCCUAAGUUCAUUUGGGCUUUUGCCAACAACUUUAUGGUAAGCAAAACUUCCUCCACAUUUCUUGAGAUAACUCAAAAUAUGCAUAUAUGCAUUUAACAUCUCUUAAGAGUUUAGAAAGUCAAUCUACAGCUCCUUUAGAUUUAAAUAAAAAAAGGAAUUUCGAAAAUUAUUACAAUUUUCUUAAAAAUGUGUUUCGUUCUUAGAAAUUCAUAUUUUCAUAUAAUUAUUUUCAAAGUUCUCUUAAGUUGAUUAAUUAAUCCAACUUAUAUAUGAUUUUUAUUUUUCCAAAACAUAUUUUUAUUUUUUUAGAAAAUAUACAUAUCAUUACAAAAUAUUCUUUUUGUACCAUCAAAACCACCAUUUUAUAUGAUUAUUCUCAACUAUAUUGAUUUUAUAAACUACAAUAUACAUGUCAGUUCCAGUCAUAUUGGUUUUAGAAUUCUCAUUGUUUUUGCAUGGUCAAUCUUUUUACAACUUGCAUUUAAGCAACAACGAAAUAUAAAUGUUUUUAUUAGUAUCAACACAUUUUAUUUCGUAUGGUAAAUGAUUUAUAUGUGGCAGAUAUUUCCCAAACUUAAUUUGGGGGGUCCACUCACAAAAUCAAUUUUCAUCCGUAGUACUUGAUCCCAUAAGGACCAAACAUUGGUAUAUUUUACCAUUGGAGCUAAAAAGAAAAUUUUCUCUCAUGGUCAAAUAUGUGCUUCAUAAUUAAAUUAAGUUAUUUCAUUUUCCACCAAAGAAUCUGUAACAAUAAAACAAAAAUUGUUACUUGUUCUUGAUAUUAUCAAACAGUCAAAGCAUUAACAUAUGAGAAAUAACGCUUUUAUUUAAUCAUCUUUAUGUGCUUGUAAAUUAAACAAAAAGUUUAAGUUCUCGACAUCAUAAACGCCUGAUUAGUAAUCAACUUCAGAAAACUAGAAGUCAAUAAUCAUAUGCAAUUCAUAAAAUCACAAAAUUUGCUUAUUCUAAACCAAUAAGCAGAGAGAAUCUUGCAUACUAUUCUCAUAAACCUAAACAAGCUUUAGUAAACGGAGAGAUAUUGCCAUAUGCAAUUAUAAUAAAUUGCAGAGAAUCAUACGAAUUAAUUUAUAUAAUUCAACGGAUCAUGCAAAAAAAAAAAAUGUAAGCGUGAUGAUAAGAAAACUUGACGCAACAACAGAUCCAAAUUGAUUCUGGCACCUGUUUCGAACAUAGAUCAACCUGCUCUUAAGAAAAAAAAUACUUUAACAAAUAUCAGUAUUGUUAGUGCGAAAGCAUAAAUAAUAUUUUAAGAUUUAAGAGUAUAUGAACCAUAUUUUACUGCAAUAAGGACAAUUGAUAUUUGUAAAAAUAAUAAAAACAAAAAUUAAAAUUACAAUACUAAAAUCUAUAUAUAUAAAGUUAGUUUUUUCCAUUCUUCUAACAAGUGGCAGGAGAUUUUUGCGACACGUGUCAUCCAUGUAUUUUUUUUUACAUUUUAGGUUCUUCUUCUUUUACAUUAUUGCAAUUUGGCCAAGUAUUUCUAAUUCUAAUCAUGAACUACCUAAUCAUUUUCGCACUAACUAUUAUCGUAUGAAGUUUGAUAAUCUAUUUUAUUGUUCACUAAAAUUCAAGAUGAAUAAAGAAAUAAAUAAAAUAAUAGAAAUAUAUUUUACACAUUUAAUUUAUUCAAAACUAAAUAUAACAUAGUUUUUUUUAUUUUAUUAUUUUAUGCCAUUUUCUAUUAUUUAAUUUACAAAUUAUAUAUUUGUUUAAUAUAUAUAAAGUUAGUUUUUUCCAUUCUUCUAACAAGUGGCAUGAGAUUUUUCCGACACGUGUCAUCCAUGUAUUUUUUUUUAUAUUUUAGGUUCUUCUUCUUUUACAUUAUUGCAAUUUGGCCAAGUAUUUUCUAAUUCUAAUCAUGAACUACCUAAUCAUUUUCGCACUAACUAUUAUCGUAUGAAGUUUGAUAAUCUAUUUUAUUGUUCACUAAAAUUCAAGAUGAAUAAAGAAAUAAAUAAAAUAAUAGAAAUAUAUUUUACACAUUUAAUUUAUUCAAAACUAAAUAUAACAUAGUUUUUUAUUUUAUUAUUUUAUGCCAUUUUCUAUUAUUUAAUUUACAAAUUAUAUAUUUGUUUAACUAUUAAAAAUAUAAAAUGACCAAACUAAUAAGAAGAAACUAGAGUGCAAUACAUAAUCUAGACAUAAACCUUCCACAGUCAGAAAGAAAAAGUAAAAUAUCAUAGUAACACUACCUCAAUAAAGAUUUGAAGCUGAAAAAAGAUCAACAAAGAACACUAACAUAUUUCAUCUUACCAUAGAAUGUCUUCACUAGAACAAACAGAUUUAAGAAAAAUGUAAAAAGAUAAAAUAUGAGAUAAAGUAAUCCUCGGAACACAAAUGAUCGAGAUCAAGCACCAGCGCAAAAAAAACUAAAAAAGCGGGCCAGAUAAAGAAUAAUCAUUGGAAAAACAAAGUCACCACAAAAAAAAAACCGUAUGUCUAAAGCACCGGAAACACAACUACCAGCUAAAAGAUAAGAAGCACCUCACAAACUAAACAAACACAUACAAGGCGCUCAUACCAGCGAAGAACCACAAAACUCUGAAUAGAAGAAACCAAAAAUCUAAAAGACUAACUCCGCACACCUACACCAAAAGAUGCAUGAGAAGAAAAUAAACAACCUGAGUGGGGGAGAAUGGAAGCCAACCACCGAGAAACCAAAGCUUAAGCUUGAGACCAUAAACAACCUUCCAAUCGUACAAAGCAUACACAGAGAAAAACACUAUCAAAACACGGAGUAGCAAAUAUGGCGAAAGGGAGAGCCACAAGAGACGUGAUCAGCGAUGAAAGGUGCAACGAGAUGAGAGAACAAUUAGAUAAAAGGAGACAAAAUGAAAUCAACAAACCGUGGAGCCAUCCUCGAACUAUGAAAAAGUGCAUAGAAGUCAGAUCACCAAAAACCCGAGCUUGAAAACCAAGACGAGCAGAGACUAUUGACGGUAAACCAGCGACGAAGAAAACAACAUCAAUGACAACUAAACUCUGACCCAACCCAACGAGAUGUAGUUUCUAACCUUAGCCAAAACCUAAGGAAAAAGAGGACCAAUAUUGACCGAAAUAACAUACAACGCCGUAAGAAAAAACCCCACAACAUGAAACUAAUAUGUCUGAUCUAUAACAAAUAUCAGAUAAUCUCACUAAAAAAAGGUGAGGAAAAACAAGAGCACGGAUGUGAGUCUUUUCCCAGUGAUAGUGAGAAUCACUGCACACCGGAGAGGUAAACAAAAUACAUAUAUGGUGAUGGCUCAAGGUCAAAAGAUGGGGGAGAGUGCAAAAAACACCUAAAAAGAGCCAUGUUCGGAACUACGCUAGGCGCUAGUCGGGCGGCAGUCUCAGGCCUAGCGAAUUAUCAAAAACUCGGGGAUUACUCAGGGUAUACGCGAGGACUAGUUUUAUUAUUAUUUUAUUUAUUA